UUUUCGCUUUUCCGACUUUCCUUUCAACUCCAUAUCGCUAUCGGAAAACAGUCUAUUGUCAAUCCGUAUACCUUAUACUAUAUGUCAUAUUGAGAAACGAGUGACCGACUCACUUCUUGCCGACAUGACCACCAACUUGAAUGCCAUCGCGGGGCCUUCUCGUAAUUCAAUGUCGCCAAAGGUCGAGCCUGAUUCUCCCAACAGUGACCUUGCAGAGCUCAAUGAACCCUCUCAGAUCCAAGUCGCAAAAGGUGGUAUCAGUGUCGGUGAGGAUGGCGAGGUGGUCAAAGUCCCGGCCUUCCUCACGAAACUCUUCACAAUGGUAUCCGAUUUAUCGACCAACGAGCUCAUUUAUUGGUCCGAGUCCGGAGAUAGCUUUUUUGUCCCCGAUUCUGAAAGAUUUGGUAAAGAGCUCUUGCCAAGAUUCUUUAAGCAUUCAAAUUUUUCAAGUUUUGUCCGACAGCUCAACAUGUAUGGGUUUCACAAAGUGCCUCAUCUACAAUCUGGUGUGCUCAAACAUGACUCUCCAUCGGAAUUGUGGGAGUUUAUCAAUCCUUUCUUCAAGCGUGGUCAGCAACAUCUACUAUCUAGAGUGACUAGAAAAAACAAUCGACCUAUGCCAACCUCUGUCACUACGUCAGGAGCCACUCGAACAGGUCUCCUUCCUGGUACCGCCUAUCCCGUCCACUUGAUUACAGACGGUACGACCGAAGGUGAGAUCGGCCAGGUGGUUGGCACGACGGGUCAAAUCGUCGACUUGGCUGCUAUCACCAAUGGUAUUGCUGCCAUCCGUCAAACUCAGGCCAGCAUCGGAGCGGACCUAAAACGUUUGCAAAAUUCAAACGAUAUGUUAUGGCGAGAGGCGAUGGAACAGCAGAAAAAGCAUCAGAAACAUCAAGAGACUAUCGACAUGAUUGUUGUAUUCCUCGAACGACUCUUCGGCACUGAAGGACAGGGUUUGAAAGGUCUCAAGGAAGCUAUGAGGAGAGGUGGAUAUGGUAGAGACGCUGAACCCGGUGGAAGUGAUGAACCUAGGAAGAGACGUAGAUUGGGAAUAGAUAGAAUGAUUGGUGAUGGUCACGAAGCAGAACGUGAUUCUAAUGUCAUGGAAUUACCCAAUGACCCGUAUCCCGUUGCUCGAUUCAUGAACGCUGAACCUGGUGUCAGUCCCAGGGAACCUCCUCCGACAGCAGCAGAAUGGCCAUCUGCUUCUCAAAGGUUCACAGCUCUUCCGACCGAUGAAGACCCACCUUCUUCCCGUGUUUCUUCGACUUCCGCUCGACCCGUCUUAUCUCCUCUUAGCGACGUGGAAGAAAUACAUCCCGUCCCUGAAAAUGCAGUAGGACAAUAUUUGAAUAUUCAACCUAAUCUGAACACUGGUAAUUUACCUCCACUUAGUCCUACCUCCGCCGCUCAAGCUGCACAAACUUUUAAUCUCGAUCCGGCAUUACUCCAAACCACUAUCGGCUCUCUUCUCCAAUCACCUGCGGCUGCUCAAAUGUUCCUCAAUUCACUCAAUGCAUCCGCGCAAGGUCAAGCUUUACAAUCCCCGACUCGGGGAAAGAACGCGGUGAACGUGCGGCCGUCUCCACCGUUGGGUGACAAUGUCGACCCUACUUUAGCGCUCUUCUCACCAUUCCCAAAUCAAUCAUUGAUGAAUAAUCAGAACCAGUUGUUAAAGACAUAUCAAGACGCUGUGGCGGUGAAUGGUGGAGUGGAUGAAUUACAAGAAAGCAUUGAUGCUCUAGUCAGGAAUAUGGGGUUGGAUUUGCCUAAGGGUGGGCAGAAGGUCGAGAAUGUACAGCCUUUCCCUGUGGAGCAAAUGGGACAAGUCGGUCAGACUGGGGUUGUUGGACAAGGAGGAGAACCGGGAGAGUUUGAAGAUUUCAACAUUGAUGAGUUUCUGAAUGAGUUGGCGAAGAAUGGUCCGGAAGGUGAUCCGUCGCAUCCUGUGUGAUGUUUGGUGUCUUUCAUAUAUCAUAUCUCUUUUAUACCCAUCGACAUCUGCCUCUCUCUGUCCUGGUACUUUUUCCUACAUAUCAAACCCAAUCCACGUGCACUCCCUAAUCAUCUAGAAAUAGCCCUCUCUUUCUUAGAAUUGUCUCUCACACCUCACAUGUCUUACUUUUGAUCUGAAGAGGUCAUUGUCUCUUGCUAGUAUAGAAUUGGCAUCGGUACAUGCAAGAUGUGUAUAUUUCA